GCAUGCGCCGGCCUCAGAUACAGAUACAAAUUCAGUUUCUGUUCACCUUUCGUCGGUUAAAGAUCGUUGCCUGCGAAACCAACGGAUAUAAGAAUAUACACCAAACCAACCCCAGAGCUCCGUAACUGAAAGCAACAAAUGCUUCGGAAAGAUAUUUUUGAAAAAUUCCGAGCAAACCCAAAACUGAAACGUCAGAAACAAGAGCAAUACAAAAUAUCAAGUUCAGAUGAGCCUGAUUAAUGUUAUUAAAUGCAAUUGAUUUGAUUUGAAUUGAAUGAAAAUGAAAAGUGCACUUCGGCGGUAGAUAGAUAGAUUGUUUGCAUUCACUAUCGACGACUAACUGAUUUUGUUUUAAAAAUCGAAACCCAAACCAGUUGAAAACAGGCGAAAUAUUUUCGAGUGCCCCUCACCCAGUGCCAGUGCAAAAGUAAAAAGUUCCCGCAAAAUAAAUCAAAAAAUUUUUGUGCAACGCUAAAAAUACGCAAAUAAUUUCGAAUAAAAUUAUAUUUAAAAAAAUAAUAAAAAGAAAACCGCGUUGUUGUCGUGUUAAUGCUGACAAAAGUGCAAUACAAGUAUAUAUAUAUAUAACCAUUAUAUUUAUUACAACCAAUUACAUAUUGUUAAUCAAAAGUAAUAAAAUAUACAUAUCAACGCAAAAUAACAAAUAUUAUAUAUACGUAAAAUAAAGUGCGGUUUAGAAAUUGCAAGAAUAACAAAAUAAGCUAAAAAAGCCGCCCAACGCCCGGAUUCAAUUGCAAUUUUUUUGCGGUGUACUUGUAAUUUUGUUGACGCUGCAUUUUCGCCACUAACUUCAGAUUCAAAUUCAUACAUUUGCGAUAUAUGAAUUAUGAUUUCUGAGUUUCCGCUCUGACUCGUGUUCGUCGACCACAGCAGAAAAUUGAAACUCUUUCGUCAGUCCAAUGCUAGACUUCCGACGAUAUUACGCACAAACCCAUGUUGGAUUAUAAUUUACACCCUUAAAUUUGGGGGCUACAAUGCGGCCAGAAGUAUACGAUGUUACAACAGUUCACGCUGCCCAAUGUCAGGACUUUUUCUAUACUGAUGAUAUUUGUGGUUGCUAUUGCGAUGCCAACAUGCGCCGCGAAACAAGGCUAUGUUUUAAAAUUACAAUGUCCCAGCGACCGGGCGCUGCACAUCAAUGCGCACGGCAAAGUGAGCGCCGAGGAUAUGUCCCUGGCACAGUCUUUCGUGAUGAACAGUGUCGGCGAUGUGUUUGGCGAUGUGUUUGGAGAGGUGGAUUUCAAAAUCACCAUCUAUGCGCCGGACGUCGACUUCUAUCUGUGCUUCCAUCAAAACAGACUAGUUGGAAAGAGAAACGCCACAAAGGACUGCCACUUCAGAGAGUCAAUGGUUAAUGGGUAUCACCAGUACACCCAUGCCUACAACUCAGUGCUCCACGUGGGCUUCAAACGCAACUUUAAGCCAAUUGGCCCCAAGGAUAUGAAGAAGCCGAGAGUGAUGGAGAAGGCCUACUGGUCCUUCUACCCCACGGAGGCUGAGCACUUCCGCAAUACUCUGGGAUUGUUGGGGCGCAAGAAGCAUGCGAGCACCACCACCACCACUACUACUACCACUACCACAACUACAACAACUACAUCAACCACAUCAACAACAACAACAACGACACCACCACCACCCAGUACUAGCGGAAGUAGCUCAAAAACCACUGAGGCAACAGCCACCACAUCCACAACACAACAACCACCAGUGGCGGGCACAAAACGCGCGCGACAGAAACCGCGUCGCCCAUCAAGUAUUAAUAGCGAUAGUUCUACAAACCCCAAGACCCCCAUCAGUCCCAGCAAUAGCCCUAAGUCCUACAACAAAGCCAAUAGCAACAACAACAAUAAAAACAAACACAACAACCAUGUGGAGGAUCUGCAGGAGGAGCAGAUGAUAAUCCAGCGGAACCGGAAGCACCAACAGCGUCGCCUGCGCUUGCAACGCCGGCGCCAGCGACCCCAGGGGGGUGGUGCCAUGGGUGUGAUGGCGCAGCCACAGCCGAAGAACUUGGUGGUGCGCCAUCACCACAACAAUGCCACGCUGAUGGAGCGACGCGAGCGCCGUCGCCAGGAGCGGCAAAGGCACAAGCAGCAGCGCCAGCUGUGGGAGCAGGAGCAGCGGGCGGAAGGUGAGCGAGAGAGGGAGCGGGAACGGGAGGAGCACCUGCCCAAGGCCACGUCCUCGGCCUCGUCCAGUUCCUCCUCCUCGUCGACGGCCACGCAAACGGCCCUGACCGCCACCGCCGCCUCCCUGGCGCCCAGUGCUUUCAACUUGGUGGCCAUCAUGGCCGCCAGUCGCCGGAAGCGGGACAGGCGAAAACGCGCCACAGCAGCUGCCCCUGCCGCCGCCGCCUCCAGGGUGGCAAGUGCCCAUUCCCAUCCCCGUGAUGCUGACAUGCAACUGAUGGAGCUACCCUCGCAGCGUCAGCAGCUGCAGCAGCAGCAGAUCCCCACUAUCCCCAACCCGAACGAAUACUCAAAACCCUAUGUUAAUAGUAACUUAAACUUACUAAAAAAUAGUAAUAGCAUUAAUGUUAAUCAUGCAAUACCUGCCUUGCCAAAAAACUACAACUACUUGUACAGUAACGAGCAUUAUAAUUUGAAUACUAAAAGUAGCACGACUGAUUCUAGUAGUUUAGACACUAGCACUAAGUUCGAUAGUCCAAAUAGCCAUAGCCAUAGCCAUAGCCACAGCGCGUUCAAUCAGAAUAUUGACAAUAAUCUUAAGCAAUUAAACGAUCGAAUUGACCCUUUUGUUGCAACUGCAACAGCAACAGCAACGGCCGGAAGUGAGAGUGAGGGUUCUGUUGCAACAGCACCCUUUGAGGAGGGAGUGACAGAAACAGUUGACGACACUGUUGUGGAGAAUCGCAAUCAUAUUGAAGCUAAUAAUAUAAUCGACGAUAGCUAUCCGACGACCGACGAGGAGCACGAAGAGCAGAUUCUAAAGAAACUUUUUCGUGGCCUAGGGAAGCUGCCACUGCAACAGCAAAAUGUGCAGCAGCAGCAGCAACAGCAACAGCAGCAGCAGCAACAACCUAAUAUUAAUAAUUUUAAUGGAAAUAUUAAUGUUGUUAACGAUAAUCAGAAUCAUAAUGAUAAUGGGCUGCUGACCAAUAAUAACCAUAAUAGUAAUUACAAUGAGCAAUUUGCGAAUGACGAUGAAACGAUACGAAUUCAAAAUAAUAAAUAUGAAACACAUAUAGUACAAUACAAACAUGCGUGCAAGGCACGAUUGGUUAACUAUAGCGGACCCGAUCUGAACGAUAUGGAGCUGCAGACCCCCCUGAUGUGGAUCGACACAUGA